AUGUCCCGAAAAGACUUCGCCUUUAACCCGGUGCGCCUGAUCGAGGAAGUGAAGAAGCGGCCGUGCCUGUACGACCAGUGGGCCCAGCCUCCCGACAAAGGGGAAAAGCUGCAACUGUGGAAGGAAGUGGGCGCAGCCUUGUUUCCAGAUUGGACCACGUACGACCGCGCCACGGCUUACGACACGGUGCUGCAGCUGCAGAAGAAGUGGCGGUCGCUGCGAGACGCGUACAACAGGGAACUGCGAUCGCGAAAGUCGGGGGUCCGAGUGCAUCGCAGAGUCUACGUGUACUUUAAGAAGCUGAAAUUCCUCGGCGGAUUCGAUGGCGUCGUCAGCAGCGACUCAGACGACGAAGACGACCGCACGCGCGCAGUCCCCGCAGAAGAAAAAGAAGAGGAGGGCGACGUAGAAGAAGACGACGUGAAAACUGAGUUAUUCGAAGAAGUGUGGGUGAAGCCUAAGACGCGCAACCGGCGCUCUAAACGGCCGAGCUCAGCGUUGACCCCCGAGAGAGCGGCCGCGCCUUCGUUCUCGGGGGAGUCGGCGGACGAAGGGGACAGUGACAGACUGUUCCUCCUCUCGUUCCUUCCCGAGAUUAAGCCACUCCCGCCGAACAUCAAGAUGUGGGUUAGGGCCCAGAUCGCCAGCGUCAUGGAGGAGGCGGUCGCGGCCCACAUGAGCGACACGCAGCCUACCGCUUCCUUCGCCAGAAGACGACCGAUCAAGAGUCGAGGGUCGACUCCGACCGGCCUUCACACCUGA